AUGACUCGAACCAUUGCAGCGGUCAAAUAUGCGUGCGACGGCGAGGCAAAGAGGGAAUUCGAGAUUCCGGUGUUCAAGGUCUACAACUUGCAGCCUGGUCACGAGAUCUUCGAGCGCGGCGAGGUGAGCGAGGUGUCACGUCUGAUUGGCAUGCCGUUGGUGAUGAUGCCGCUGCGUCCGUCGCUGCUCACCGUCUACCGCCCUCGCACUGGCAAGCCCCGCAAUGUCAACAGCAGCGAUCGUCGAGGCCGCCUACCACCUCGUCAUGACUUGCUGUUGCCAGAGGACGAUAAGGAUUGGACCGCCUACGCCAAUUACGGCUCCAAGGACAAUGCCAACUACUUCCCCAAUUACACCGCAGCUCGGCUGAUGCUUGUUUGCUCUCCCAGCACCAGUGCGCCCCUCCUCUGUCCACCGGCCAAGUGGAUGGACAAGGUCGGCAGUGUGCUCAUCGCGCGCCAGGACAUGGCUCCACUCCACCCGAUGCACAUUGAGAUACUCAAGAGCUUCAUCACCGCCGUGUACGAAAGCCUCACGGAGCAGAGCCAAGAUCACGCCCAUGGCCACGGCAUCACCGCUCAAGCAAUCGCCGAAACCAUCACUCCGGGAAUGUGGCAGGCGUACUGGAAGAUGGCGACCGAGCACAUGAACACAACUGGCCAGAGCAAGGAGUUGGAAGGCGUUUUCGCUCCAUUSGAUGAGGAAGACUUGGUGGCCGCGCAGGAUGACCAUGAGGGCGGUGUUGACCUGGGCAACRACGCGGACAUGAUGGAGUGCUCCGAUGUUGGCUUCACCCAGUAG